AUACAUUGCUUCUUCUAUCGUAUCUCAAUCACAGCUACUAUGACAAACAUUGGUGUACACAUUAACUAACUCGUUAUAAUAUUGUAAAUAAAAGGUAAAGGGAUGGAAGAACUUUUAAACGAGGUGGUAUCUCAGGAAGAUUUAGAGAGGUUUGAAAAAAAAUAUCAUCAAGAACUUGAGUUAGAUGGGGACGUUACCACUGAGACAAAAUUUGAAUACGCAUUUUGUCUAGUCCGUAGUGCAUAUACAAACGACAUCAGAAAGGGAAUUAUAAUACUAGAGGAGUUGGCCCGUACUCAUCCAGAUGGAAGGCGUGACUAUAUCUAUUAUCUUGCGUUUGGGAAUGCACGAGUAAAGGAGUAUGCUUCUGGGUUAAAGUAUUGCAAAGCAUUUUUGGACAUCGAAUCAAAUGAUCAAGUGCGGUCUCUUGAGGAAUACAUCAAGAUGCAAAUUGAUAAGGAAGUCGCAAAAGGUAUUGCAGUCGCUGGAGGAGCAGCCUUAGUUCUUGGCGGAAUAUUGGGAUUGGGAAUUGCCAUGGCCAGAAAUAAACAAAAUCGGAAUAAAUAGAAAUACUUUCACAAUGAAAUUGUGAUCCAACCCGUAGAGUGCACAUUAAUAGAAGAAAAUUAAGAAAUA